AUGAGUAAUUCAGAUGACUAUGAGGAUUUCGAUGAGUUGGAGUCAGAGAAUGAAGAUAACUCUACUUUGAUGGCUGUCGAUAAGUCGGGUGCUGACGUUACCACUACGAAAACUUCCAAUGCUGCCAGCGCUGGAGAUUCAGAGGUCACCGAAGACACUUGGGAGAGUUAUGACGAGGAUGAUGGACUUCGUGAUGAAUACGAUGCUGAUAGCGACAACGAAGAUAUUAUCUCAAUCGAAAUGAAAGACUACACCGAUGAGAUGAAUGAAUUCCAAGAGGAAUACAUCAAGUUAAUGGCUGAAGAGAAGUCAUCUGGUAACAAAAACAAAAACAUUCAACAACAAGAAGAAGAGGAAGAAGAAGAAAAAGAAGUUGAAAAGAAGACUGUUGAAGUAAAGUCCGCAACAAAGAAAGUAGCACCAAAAACAACAAAAACAACACCAGCAACUCAAACCAAAGUAAAUAAUAAUAAUAAAGAAAAGAAGAAUAAUAAUAGUGAUAAGAAAAACAAUGAAAAGAAGAAGGAAUCAACUACCACCACUACUACUACUAAAGCCACCACCACUAAGCAACAACCAAAGAAACAAACAAAGGUUGAAAGUAACAGUGAUGACAAAGUUGAGGAAGAAAGUGCAAAGUCAGAGAGUUUCUUUAUUGAAUCUAAAGGACAAAAGAGAAAGGUAGAGGAAGAGGUUGAGGAAGAGCAAUCAGAUUCAGAAUCAGAACCAGAAGAAGUAACUGAAAAGAAACAAAAGAAUAAUAAUAAUAAGAAUAAGAAUGAUAAUAAGAAGAAUAAUAGUAAUAAUAAAAAGAAUAACAAUAAUAAGAAUGAUAAGAAAAAGAAUGAAAAGAUUAAAAGUUUACAAGAUGAAAGAAAAGCAAAGAAACACAAAAAGAAUGAAGAGAGAAAACAGUUGGCUGAGGAUGACAAGAAGCAAGUGAUGAACAAGAUCAUUCAUGCCUCUAGAAAGAAGUUGGUCAGAGAGGACACCGAAGAUCAGAUCAACCAAAAGAAACAAAAGAUGGAAUCUCUCUUUAUUGGUUCAUUGAGUGGUGGUAGUGGUAGCGGCUCCGAUGACAAAUCAUCUGCACCACAAAAGAAAUUUGUUAAAGGAAAUCGUAUGGGUAGUAGAGCAAGAAAAUUACUUGCACAAAAGAUAUUUGGAGAACAAGCAAAUACAAAUUCAAAUACACAACAAGAAAAGCCAAGUUCAAAUAAACAACAACAACAACAACAACCAAAACCAAAACAACAGCCACAACAAUCACCAGUUAAAAUCGAUAAGAAUCUUCAUCCAUCAUGGAAAGCAAAGCUUCAACAGAAAGCACAAACAAAUGUAUCAAUUAAUCAUUCAACUAAAUCAGAUGAUAUAGUAUCUUUUGAUGAUUAA